GUUGGGGAGAGCAAUGGCAGAAGUUGCAUGCUGAGGUGUCUCACUUUCAGCGCCCACGAGCUUUAGUAGUGGCAUCUCGCAAGACGCCGCAACGGAGUUUGCCAUUGCCGGGAGGAUCGCCAGAAAAUGUUGGCACUGUGGCAGGCCAGCUUCAGACCCUGACUUCUUCACCACACACAGCAAGGCGGUGGAACGCGAAACUGUGGCAAUGGCUGCGAUUCAGACCUGGCGUCGAUGAGGCUUCUCUUCGACGAAGUGCGUUGCAUAUUCAGAGGGCGUGGAGGGAGCUCAUGCAGCACAGGCGUGUGAUGGUGGCCAAGCGACAGUUGUUGGCAGCGCAAAAAUCCCCGCUUCGGGAGGUCAGAGUUUCGCCGCAGGUUGUCGCCCGGGCUCCUGACCAAGAGAAGUCGAAUACGGCGUCUUUGGACGAGGACCUUUGGGACGAAGCCAUCUUCUCCCAAUACCCAUCGGUUGACACUAUGCUCCUCUUCUCACAGAAGGGGUUUGGAGUGAGCUCCCGCCAUCAGGUGGAUAGGACUAUUGCCAAGCACCUCAAGAAGCUCGAACGCCGAUACCAGCUGAGGAUGCAAGGCUUCGCAUCCUGGCGGCCACCAUGUGCGCUAGGUGAGGGCGGCCGGCACGAGAUCGAGGAUGCGCUGAGAUCAGCCCUGGAUGAUUGCAGAGGAGAAGAUGACGCCAUGCGCUUGCUGACUCCAGUCCUGGGCGUACUUCGACUGACUGUUGCCAGCAGCCACCUACACCAGUUGAACCUGGACAGGGCAUCUGCGGUGCUGUCGGACUUAGAGGCAUCUUUGCGAAAUCACGGAGGCUGUGAAGCAUUGAGUCAGAGAUUGGAGGCACGAGCCACCCUCCUGCGAAGCCGAGCCGCCUGGCUGGGUGGCGGUGCCUCCGAGGUGGCGGUGUGGUUGGUUUUUCCUGCCAAGCACCUUCUGGCCUUCGCUCGUUUUGCCAUGGCUCGAAGUGGACAGGAGCUCAUGCGACGCCAGGAGAGCCUCAUUGAGCCGGUGCCGAACCCCUUCUCCAAUCCGGCUGCGCUUACUCCUUACGAGAUCUUCAAAGCAGGUUUGGUGGGCGUCCUGCUGCUGCCAAUGCGCAUCGGUACAGUGAUUGCUUGUGGUGUAGCAGAGGUGCUGCUGAUCCGCCUGGCCACUCUGGGUACAGAGCUGAAAGAGGACCGCGGCUGCUGGCAGCAUUCCGCACCUUUUGAAGUUUGGCGGCUCUGGCUGCUGGCCCCGCUGAAGUAUUUGAAUCGUUUAGCGCUGGCAGCCUUUGGCUUCUGGCCCGGUUGCAUCAAAGUCAAUGACUUGCGAAAGGAGCCAGGGUGUCCUUCCAAAAUUCUGGUGGUAGCGCCUCACAUGACCGCUUUGGACUCUCUGCUGAUCGGUGUGGCUUUCCCACCAGUGCCUAGCGGUGUGGGCAUGACAGGCUUGCUGCAGAUUCCUGUGAUGAGGAGUCUGGCGAUUGGGGCGCAGGCAAUCUUUGUCGAUCGCAACAACCCAGAGAGUAGGCGCAGCUGCAAGGAGGCUAUCCAAGCCAGGACAGUCGAGUCCUGGUCUGGCCCACCCAUGAUGAUUUUUCCCCAGGGUGUCAUCACGAAUGGCUCGGCGCUCACGCAAUUUAACGUUGGUGCUUUUUCUCCCGGAAAAGCUGUGGUACCUGUUUGCCUUCGAUAUCCGUGGAGGCACUACAAUCCCGCCGGCUGCGGACAGAAUCAUGCUUUGGGAAUCGCCCUGCUACGCACCAUGCUGCAGUUCACCAACGAGUGUCAGAUCGAUAUUCUGGAGACUUAUGUGCCUUCGCCAGCAGAAGUCGCAAAUGACAGGCUCUUCGCGAACAACGUGAGGAGCGUCAUGGCUGCGUACCUCAAUCUACCAUGCACAGAGCAGAACUAUGAGGAUGCUUUCCUGGCUUUCGGCUCACGCGCGCAUAUCGGCAGUGACUUUGAGGCGGCACGCUUGAGGCGCUGCUAUAACUGCAGCGUGGAUGACUUGAAAGCGGUGCUGCGCUCGUUCGAAUGCCAUGAUGCGAGUGACUCGGGGACGAUAUCGUACGAAGAGUUCUGCAGUGCGCUCUCUGGUCUGGGUGGUGCUGGACGUUUGAGCCAGGAGGCCGCCAUUUUCGCGUACUUCGACCAGGACAGAAGUGGGGCGGUUGAGUACCGUGACUACAUUCAGGUUGCUGCAUUGCUUUCUGGACGUGGUUCCGAGCCCAGUCGCAUGCAGCUUGCGUUCCUCAUUGCCGACAUGGAAGGCUCCGGCAGUGCGGCUGCAAGCUUCCUUUCGAAGCUGGCCAGCGAACCGGUGCCACAGGCUCGUUCUGGUGAUGAGUCGGUCAGUGUCUUCAAAAGCGGAGAGAGUGCUGCUGUUCUUGACCUGAAUUUUGCUGCCUUCCGCGACUUUGCUUUGACGCGGCCGGGAGUGGUGGACGCUUCCUUGGAGAUGCUCAGAAGGCACCUGCAAAUUCCACUUUUUGGAGAGAGUGGUGCUGACAAGAACGAGAAGUGUGCGAGCUAUACGUACGAACCGGUUCGUGUUGACAAACUAUGCCUCAGCAUUGACCUCAGAAGCAGGGCUCCCGUUGUGGUAAAUUUGUCUGGGCACCGCCAGCGGAUUGAGAACAUGUUUUGGGCAGCCGUAAAGGGAAGACGAAACACCUCAGCAGCCUUAGCCUUAGCAAAGUUGAAAGAUGCCGCCUACGCAACGUGCUGCAAGCAGAGCUUCAGGGCCUUGCGUGCUAAGCGUUUCGACGACGCUUUGCGAUGCUUCCGGCUGUCCUCGACAAGCUCCGGCAUCUCUGGCUCCACAGUUUCGCCUAUGCUGCAGAUGGCAGCCAGGAAUGCAGCUCGUGUGCAGAUAGCUGAGGGUCUCCUGUUGAUCCGCAGCCCAGUGCCACUGCGUGCUGCUGAAGGUGUCGAAGAACCGCGAGUGUACGCUUACACGGCUCAUUGGGUGGGUCUUCGUCCCAAGCCAUCCAAUGGUGAUGUGGUUUUCGCGCCUUGGGCUGAAGAUGGCUUUGACUACGAGGCGACAAUCGAGAGUAUCGACGAGGUCAACCAGUGCUGUACGGUCUGCUGGGCAGAUGGCGGGCAAACCUGCAGGGAAGUGCGUCUUCCAGCGCUCACGUCGCCUCUGGGCUCUCCUUGCGGCCGAGCUCUCCGGCAAUGCCCGCAGGAAGUGCGACUCUGGGCCUCCAGGAGGGCGCUGCGUGCAGCCCUGGCUGCCUGGCAAGCGCAAGCGGAAGCUGGAUCUGCACACGACGCUUUCGUUGACCUGGCUGGCCUGGUCUUCUCUGCGAUGUUGCAGCCGCAGAAUGCCGACUGGCUUUGGAAGUGCCGUUCUGGGCUUCAGCUGGUGCUUCGUUUGGAGCAAGGUGGCUCACCUGCAAUUGGAUCAGGCCAGAGUGGUGCAGCGGAUGGCUACAAGGAAGAUGUGCUUGUGCAUGUUGAAGCGUCUAUUGUGAAGGUCCUCUGGGCCAAGGCAGUGGGCCAAGCCAUUCCCGGGUUCGGUGCCCAGCACAAGCAGCCGUUUCGCGUGCUUGGCGUGCUCUGCUUUGGGCAGCUGGGCGCAGAGGAAUCUGUUUCGCGCCUCAGCGCGGAAAUCGACAAGAGUCGCAGCGCCGCCAACUUGCUCCUAGAGGUCGCGGCGUUGACCUUCGCGAUGGGUUGCAGGCUUGGCAAGCCAGACAAAGCAAAGGCCAUCGCCCUGCCGCUUGCUGUAGCUGCGGUGAACACGUUCACGGCCCUUGGCCCCCAGCCAGAUGAUGCUGCAAGCUCUGCACGCCACAUGGUAGAAAUCCUCAUCUCACAGGAGCUACCCCCGCACGAGGAGCCGCAGCGGGUGCUGUCUUGGGAAACAUUGGAGCUGAAGCCGAGUCGUGCACGCUGGCGGCUUGUAGGCUACCGUGCACGUGAUGAAGUUUGGCUGCUGCGUCGCGGUCGUGGAAAGAAGGGGGCAAAGCGUUUAGCAGCGCUGCCGGGACCUCCACCGCUGACGUGGUGCCUGGAGGGCAUUGCGCUGGCUGAGACGCUCCCAGACUUGGCUACGAAAGGUCACCGCAUUGCUGCACUGUCGCUCUGCAGAGCUGGACGUCCUUCGCGAGCGUUAGGUGACUUGCAGGCCCUAGGAAAGCUGCUUGCCAACACUUCUGGCUCACUGGCCGUUCUCCUGCAAGAGGACAUUAAAGUGCUACAGCUCGAGAUAGAGGUCGCAGUCGACGUGGACCUUCGCUGUGCAGACCGGGGCAGCGUACCAUCCGCUACGCUCCAGUCCUUUGUUCGGCGUGCUGAUGCGCUUCUUAAAGCUGCAACCCAACCACUUUGUGCAUCUCGCCUCCUAGCGCUGAGCGCAAGGCUUGUUCUUCUAGCUGAGAUACCUUGGUAUGCGGCAAGUGGCGCGCGUGCAGAGGCCUUGGAAGAUGCAUCGCAACGCUUAGCGGAAGCCGCCACGCAAGAGCCGCACAGGGUUCUUGCAGCACAGGCAGUGUGCGCUGUGCUGAAAGGAGACAUACGAGGCGCGCAAGCUGCUGCGGAUAUCUGGGCCAAAGUACGGGACAGCCCUGUAGCGCAUCGCUUGGUCUCUGAACUCCGCCAAGUGGUGCUCUUCCCACAAGCGCUGUCACAGGUGAUGGUCAUUUGCCUUGCGCAAGGCGUCUGCACGCCUUCAGACCGAUGA